AUGUGUCUGCCAGGGUUAUCAUUUGUAUCAAAGGACGAUCACAGUGGUGUUCCUUUAGUUACGCUGAAAAUAGUAACACAGUCCGGUGAAAUAAAAUAUGAACAUAGAUACAAGGGUGCUGAUUUGAUUGUGAAUGCUAGUGAUUGUCAACACAUAGUAGAAUGUUACUGUACGGAAGCAGACCGUAGUAAAUGUUACAUGGCAACACUAAGGUUGGAUAUAGACAAUUGUUGGAUGGGAGUUGCUAUGAAUGCAACAAUAACUGAGACAUACAAGUUGGAAAUAACAUCUUAUAAUGGUGCAAUGUUAUCUAGAAAAACAAUUAAAGAAAUACUAAGAGUGACAGAUCUCAGUGGUAUUCAAGAAUAUUAUGGAGUUUCAAAUUUGCAAGUUCCAGUUGUAAAAGAAGACAGUUUUAAAAUAACAUGGGAACAGCCAAAGUCCUGCUAUGUUAGACUCGGUAUAAAACUAAUGGUAACAAAUGAGGAAGGCCAUUCACAGGAACACAAAGUUUCCAAAGAUGCAACAUCAUACACUGUUGGAGGUUUAAAUGCAUCUGCUACUUACAUUAUACAUAUGUUCACUAAGUAUGGUACAGACGAUUAUUUUGAAAUGAGUGAUGCAGUCAACGCAACUAUCACGCUUAUCAAACCAACAGAAUCUGGAGGAAUGUCUACUGGAGCCAUAGCUGGAAUAAGUGUUGGAUUUAUUUUGCUUCUCCUAAUUUUCUUUAUCAUCAUGAUCUUUUUGUACCGAAGUGGACGUCUUUCAAAGGCAAAGGAACAGGUUAAUACUGGGUUUACCAAAAUCAGAAAUACAAUAAAACUAAGAGAUCCGGAAUCGAAAUCAGGUUAUAACAACCGAGCAUAUUCUGGAGUAAACGAGGAUGAAUAUUAUAUAGAGGGUGGCGCACUUAUCUCAACGAGCCAAGCACCUCUAUCACGAAAGUCGAUAUCACUGGAGUCUGAAAUAACUCGUGGAAGAUUUGCUAUAAUUUAUAAAGCUAUUUAUUAUGGUAAUAACAGAGACGCAGAGACUGUUGUUGCAAAGACAUUGAAAGACCAAGCAAAUGAUGAUGAUCUAAGAAAGAUGAGGACAAAAAUAAAUUUCUAUUCAACAAAAGUUGGCCAUCACAAACACGUACUUGAUUUCAAAGGAUUUGUUGAAGACGACGUUCGAGGACCUUUCAUGGUGCUAGAAUAUUGUGAAAUUGGAAGUUUGAAGGAUUACCUGAGAGAUAAUAAAUCCAAAGUGAAUGAUGAUAUGACAGAGAGAUUGUAUCGGAUUUCAUAUGGAACUUGUAUGGGCAUGGACUAUUUAGCCUCAAACGGAAUUGUCCACAGAAGACUUGCAGCAAGAAAUAUUCUCCUAAACUUUUUGUUAGAACCAAAGAUAACAGGAUUUGGACCUGAUCCAGACGCUGAUAAGGAUAACGACGAUACAGGUGAAAGAAUUCCUGUGAAAUGGAUGGCUCCUGAAUGUAUGUCAAGCACAAAGAAAGCAACUGAGAAGAGUGAUGUUUGGUCUUAUGGUAUAGUCCUGUGGGAAAUUUUCUCUAUGGGCGAGACGCCAUACCCUGAUGUAAAAGGCCCACGUCUGCCCGACUGGCUCAGACAGAAUAACAGAAUGACUAAACCGGAAUACUGCGAUGAUCAGUUUUACAAAAUGAUGAAGAAAUGCUGGCAGUAUGAGCCGAAUAAGAGACCAAACUUCAAAAAGUUAAAUACCGACUUAGCAAAGAUGUUUUCUGAGGGCCCCGACGAAGAGUAUUAUUACAGAUCAUCCCGAAUCUACGAUAACAGAACAUAGCUGAAGACGUUUAAAGAACUCUUUAUCCCGUGUAUGAUGGAUGAAUUACAAAGAAUUGAGAAGUACUUCUGAGAGCAGUGGUCUGACAUGUGAUAUGUAAUAUACACUGUGAUAGUAGGAUAAUUUAAAAAUGAUAGCGUUUGGUAGUUACAUUAAAUUGUCAGGAAUUUUAUCUAAUUAGCAUAAAACAUGACAAAAGUAUGAUUUCCAAUAACAUUAGAAGACAUCACCGUGUAAAUAAUGUUUUGUGUAAAUAAUGUAUCAGAUCAUAUUUUAUAAGCUACCUAUAUGCGGCCAUUGUUCUAUGAUUAACAUGUUCUUUUACUACUUAUAACUGCUCUCAAGUCAAAGUAAAACUUAACAAUAAUCCUUUAAUCUUUUGUCACAUCAACUGCAUUUACUCAUAAAUAAACAGCUGCGCAGGGUCGUAUAGAAAGAUUGACUUAAAAUAACAAAAUAUGCAUUUUUUUUCUUUAAAUUCAAAUGAAUAAUUUAUGAUGGAAUGUUCAGCGACAAGUUAUGCUAAAACUUAGAUUAUGCUUUAAAAUAUGUAAUAGUUUCAAAUCUAAAUACAAAACAAACUGUUUCAAGUGAACAUGAGAAAAUAUGUAACACUGUGACUUUGAUUUAUUAUAGAUGUUUUACAAGAAGAAAUAUUAUUGAUAAAUUUAUAUUUUCAAAAUCA